ACUUAGUUUGGUGCAUCACGUUGAACACUCGACUGUUACAUUUUCUAAACUGAUCUAGAUGGGCCUGGCUCUCGAUGCCAGUGUGUAGGCUACACGUACCCUAUUGGAUAUGAUGCAUGAUGGUUACAGUUUAGCCUUGCAUUUCGCCGUGACCUUUUAUUUCUUUAUCAUAUGAACAUUUCCAGUAAAUCGAAACUGAAAUUCUACUGGCCCCGCUUAGGCGAAUAGUACGGCUUCGGCUCGCACCCACUGCCUGCGCUAGAACAUAAAACCCGGAAACAUAGGCUAAAGUGUGUAUUUCGUGAGCCCGAAUCAGGACGACUCAGAUACGAGCUGCAUUAGGCUGACCAUGGAAGAGGGGUAUUGUGUAAUUGAAGAGGAUGAGGUGAGGGAGAUCAGGGAGGCACUGGAAAAUGAGACCUUGACUUCAGCGGUGGCUAAGAUCCAGGACUACUGUGAGCAGCUUGACGGUGUGGAACUAAAUAUUGCCAUCACGGGAGAGUCCGGGUCUGGCAAGUCAACCUUCGUGAAUGCAUUCCGGGGCCUGGGGGACGAAGAGGAGAGCUCAGCUAAAACUGGCGUGACUGAGACCACCAUGGAGCCAAAUGUGUACCCCCACCCUAAAUAUCCCCAAGUCAAAGUGUGGGACCUUCCUGGGAUCGGGACACCUAACUUCAAAGCAGACGAGUACCUACAAAAAGUAGAAUUCCAGCGUUAUGAUUUCUUCAUCAUCAUUGCCUCAGAACGAUUCAAAGUUAGCAACGUGCAGCUGGCCACUGAGAUCCAGCGUACAAAGAAGAAAUUCUACUUUGUUCGCUCAAAGAUCGACAACAGCAUAGAUGCAGAGAGAAGAAAGAAGGGCUUUGACAAGGACAAAAUACUCAAUUUAAUUAGGCAAGACUGCAUUACAGGCCUCCAGGAAAGCGGGGUGGAAUCCCCCACAGUCUUCCUCAUGUCCAGCUUCGAUCUGCAGCUCUAUGACUUCCCGCAGCUGGAGGAGACGAUGGAGAGAGAGCUGCCCAAGCACAAGCGGCGUGUGCUCCUGCUGUCACUGCCCAACAUCACCCUGGACAUCAACAAGAGAAAGAAGGAGGCCCUGCAGGCCAACAUAUGGAAGAGGGCCCUGCUGUCGGCUAGCAUAGCAGCUGUGCCCAUCCCAGGUCUGGCCGUGGUGGCGGAUGUGAGCAUCCUGAUCACGGAGAUCACCAGUUAUUACAAGGCUUUUGGCCUGGAUGAUGAAUCUCUGAAGAAUCUCUCUGAGAAAACGAAUGUGCCCCUGGAGGAGCUGAAGGCGGUCCUCAAAUCCGCCCUCAACAAGGAGAUAUCCGCCGACGUGGUCAUCAAGUUGCUGACCAAAUUUGCUGGGGCAGGGCUGAUGCUGCUGGAGUUCUGGGUCAGCGCAAUCCCGGUGUUCGGCUCCAUGGCAGCCGCGGGGAUCUCGUACGCCAGCACUCACAGAAUGCUGAUGUCCUGCUUGAAUGAGCUGGCAGACGACGCACACAACGUCCUGAUGAGAGCUUUGCAGACAGAAGUGUGAAGCGCAGGCUUCACACCAGUUAAAGUGCCUUUCUGUGCUUAUGUUCUCAUGGAACUCAAAGUUUGUAUUUUCUUUAACAAGAUAUAAUAUUGUUUGUAUUGGAAAAAAUCAGCUAAGAAAUUUUUAUAAAGUGAACAAAACACAUUUAUUAUAAUCCAUGAUUGUCAUCUUCGAUUUUUAUACGUAUGUAUUAACAUGUCAUUAAAUAGAAUUGACACCAUGGACGUAUACUGGUUUGGUUUAUUUUACAGAAGUAAAACUAUCUCAGGAAAGAGAGAGAGGAACUAAUAUGGGUCACACACAGUGCCAUAACAGUGUGCAACCCUAUAUAGUAUUGUUUCCUGAAUAUUUGAUGUUCAUUAAAACAAACAGCAGUAUACUUUUUCAGUCAUUAUGAUCUGAUCUACAUGAGUGCAAAUAAUUUUGUUUACCCUUGUGUUCUGUUCACUUUUUGGUACCUUUGGUACUGUUCACCAGGUCAAAUUGAGCUAGCAUUAUUAGGAUUUUAAAGCAAUACAGAAAUAAAAUAUUAUGUAAAAACA